UUUACUGUCUAGAGGCAAGAAAAAGUUGGAGUCCUAUACAAGCAAAAAUACGUCUUUCUGAAGAAAAACAAUGAUGUGGAUUUUUAGCAUCGCGUCUGCCCUUGUCGUGUGUGUAUGCAUGGCGCAUGGAAGCCCGGUCAGCUCGCCAUAUCUAUCGCCAAAGUCUCCGAACUGGAGGAGGGCGAGGUGGUCCCCUGUUCUACCCUCACCGGCCCCUGUAUCAUUGACGACAUUUGUCCCACGCUGGAGUCAUCCACAUGUCCACAGGAAUACGUCCAACUUGGCUAUACCUGCAAAUGCCCCUUCCAGCCUG